AUGGCGUACUAUGGUCAACCUCCACCUCACCAACAGCACGAUCAAAAUUUCUUGUGGAACGUUUUCCAGAGGUAAAGCUUAAGUCCUCAUUUGUUGAAGAAGAAUAACUGAUAUGUUAGUUGACCAUUAAUGUGGGUCUUUUAGGGUGGAUAAAGAUCGGAGUGGAGCGAUAUCUACAAACGAACUUCAACAGGCCUUGUCAAAUGGUACGAUCUCACUUACUUUUAAGAAAAAAAUGUAAAACAAAUCAUAGAAUAAGACUUUGUUCUCGUAAAUUCAAACUGCCUGUUUGAAUUACAGAAAAAAGAGUUCUUCUCCUAUGAUAUAUUUUUUUUUUCGUAAAAAAAAAAAACUUUUUCUAAAUUUAGAGAUUCGCAGCAAUCUCGAGUUUAGAGUGUAAGCUAGAUGACUUUCAAACGUUUUCGUUUUAUGUCACUUUUUUAAACAUAGCAAUCUCAUUGAUCCUCCGUCUUGUUUAUCAACAGGAACAUGGACACCUUUUAAUCCGGAAACUGUGCGACUUAUGAUCGGUUUGUGUUUGAACUUUCUGUUUUGGCACCUGGUCACAGCAGCUGAUGCAGAAAUGUCCCGCUUUCUGCAUCAAAAGUCAUUUUUAAGCUCAUACCUUAUGAGUAAAAAGAAAACAGUAAAUCUGCAGUAAAAAGCUCCAGCUUUUUUCAAAUGCUGUAAUUUCGAGGCUAGCUGUUUGAUUGCUUGUACAGUCAAGACAUUACACCAGUUUUGUGCCAAAGCAAAAAAAAAAAAACAACAAAAAUAAUAAUAAUAUUAAAAUAAAUAGUAAUAAUAAUAAUAAUCAAACAUACUGUGCCAUGCUAAUGGCUCAGUCAGCUUUUAAUAGGCAUUUCCACUCUCCCAUGGGCAUUUGAUAUCCCCAGUGAGGCUAGACUUACCCCGCAAGCAGUGGUUUCUCCAGGCCAGACGCUACGGGAGAGAAAGUUUCUCUCCGGUAGCGUCCGGCCUGGAGAAACCACUGCUCGCAGGGUAGGCUAGACUGUGAGUGGUCAUCUUUUUUUCCUCAGAGCAUUGCAUGACAAGCGAAAAAAUAAAAAUAUUCAGCACAAAUAAUUAUAAAUGGUAAAAAGGAGGAGAGAUUGGGACAGAGAGGGAGAAAAGGAUGACCAUUCGACCAUGGAGGUUUUAUUGUGUUUUGAAUUUCUGUUUCAAUGAAAUGAAAGUUCCUGCUUGGUCAGCUGCUUGUCAAUCUGUCAAAAAAAAAAUAUCAGUCUCUUGGGAGUCCAGGUUUUGCUGUACUGCCGCUAGCUGGCAAACAAACACGGGUCAAGAACGGCACUCCAGUUUCCAAAUUCUUUUUGAACACUUCAUUUUGCACAAAAUUAUUCAUUAAAGAACGUUUUUGUUCCAGAAUUCUUUAGAGUUCACUGAUAGAGAUGUGUUUAUUUUACAGUGGACUGAAACGCUUGUUGAAAUGUAACCUUUGUUCUGUUCUGUGGUUGUUUACAGUCAAUGUCUAAAUGUUGUUUUCCAGGAAUGUUUGAUAGAGACAAUAAUGGAACUAUUACCUUUAAUGAGUUUUCAUCCCUUUGGAAGUACAUAACAGAUUGGCAGAACACUUUUAGAAGUUAUGACAAAGAUAAUUCAGGAACCAUUGACAAGAGAGAGCUACAAACAGGUGUUAACCAGUUCUAUUGAACUUAACCAUAAUAAGAUUAUUAGGGAUUGCUACCUCAGUUAGCUUUCCUUCCUACCGUUAAUAUAUUCAGUACUAGAUAAAGGUAUCUCACAAACCCUUGUGAAACAAGGGUUGUUUACCAUUUACGAAAAGCUUUCUUGAAAAUCUGUUUAGAAAGCAAAAGGAACAUGGCCUUUGAGGUCAUUCCAGUGGAAAAUUUACCCAGGGCAAGAGGGCAAGCACAUUUCUGAAAAGGUAGUCCUGUUUGUGCAGACGGAAUAUAUCCAAAUGGAAAUCGUAUUCCAUUGCUUCAAAGCCAUCUUUAGUACCAGAAAUAAAGAUAAGUGGCAAAAAACAUGACUCUUUGCAUAAUUCAGUUAGGAUUAAAAGCGCAAAAUCAAUAAAUAUUUGUUUAGUCAGUUUGUUACAGAACCAGUUGAUCCCAUGAGCCUAAGAUUAGUUAAUGGGGGUUGUGACUCCAAACUUUUCUAAAUAACAUCCACUCUGCAUAGCAGUUGUGUCUUACUGCAUAACAAAUAAUAACAGGAGUAAAAAAACUGCAGAAAGUUGCUAACUGAUACUACAGCUGUGAUUAUUUCUGACAAUCUUUUCGAAGACAAAUUUUUGAAUACUUAUGACUAUGCUAGUCAGAGUGAAUGUGAUUCAACAUUUCUUGCCUUGUUAAUCUGAAACAUUAUUCUUUUCCUUUUUUAGCUCUGACAAGUUUUGGUAAGUAAAAUGUGAUGCUUGGAAAUUAUAUUGUCCACUAAUGUUCACUAAAGUGUAAACUUUGAUAUCAGAGUACAUAUUCUCCCCACUGUUCUUCCUAUGUUUCCUAUGGUACUGAUGAGGAGAGUUUGUUUAACAAUCAAGACCUUUUUCCAUUGUUGAUCAUGUCCUUUUUUCUCAUGACCUUUGUGUGCUACCAGAAGGAGAAAUGAAAUGUUAGUCACUCUUAAUGGUUUUUUAAAAGGGCUAAACUGUCCAAUCUUGGUAUUGGCUGACAUUUGCUAGCCUGUCAAUGAUGAAGGGGACAUUUGGGUUUAUGGUAUUGCAGUAUUAAGGUUUUUUCAAGUGGUAUUUCAGUAAUUUAUAUUUUAAUGUGUGUUACUGCAGUAUCAUCUAGCCCUAUGAUAUGCUGUUUUUAAUCCUUUUGGCUGACGGUAUUCUGCAAAAGAAGAUCCUUCAUGGUAUUAUACCAUUCAUUUGUGCUCUCCUGUUUAUUUCACUAUUUGCCAAUUUAUAUUUUUUAUUUAUUGUUAGUUAACGGGCAUCUAUUCUGUGCUAUUACCUGUUUCUCGGGGAAAAAGCCAUUUUUUUCAGAUUUCGAUUAACUCCUUGAAUCCUGUCUUUAGCAGUCUUGUGGUACGAAGUGGUAUUAAUUCAUUGCUGCAAAACUUUGCGUAUUUGCAGGUUACAGAUUGUCAGAGAGAUUCUAUGGUAUUCUGAUAAGAAAGUUUGACAGAAGUGGACGUGGAGUAGUCAAUUUUGAUGACUUCAUUCAGUGCUGUGUUGUGAUCCAGGUUAGUGUGGCAGUGUAGACUUGUUCUAAUCCUCUGACUUGUGGAAAUUAUGCAAGUUUACUUGAUAAUAAAAUAUUUUAACCCCAUUUUCCACCUAAAAAAGUAAUAUAUGAAAAUAAGUAUAAAAUAUAGUUGAUUUUUAUAGUUUACAAUAGGCGCUAUGCAGCUUGUCAUUCACGUUGUAUAAAACUGUCAUGCUAGAGAGCAAGAGAUGCGCCGGUACAAGACUAACAAGAAAAAUAGGCCUUUUGCAUUAGUUGAUCACGUGAUCAACUUUCUGUAAACAUGAAAACAGCUCACGUUUGAAAAAUUUUGUUAGCAGGAACUGAAGGAGCACAUUAAAAUUAGGUAACCUGUAGAUUUUCAGCCGUAUAUCUCAAAAUUAGCUAUCUCCAUGGCCACCAUGUUUGCCCAUUGAAAUUGUGAAAACAUAACCCCACAAAAUACUGUCUUGCCAAAGUCAAGAAAUUAAGUACUAAUAAGGUAUUUUAUUACUUGGGUUCAUACUAGACAACUAAAUCUGUCUUAGAAUUUUCCAAAGUUCAGUUAAUUUAUGUGCAAUUUUUGAAUUAGGAGCGGCAAACCCAAAGGGACUAAGUCAAUCUUAAGUUUCUUUCAAACACUACUUAAUGCUUGCCUAGGUAACAUGUUAAGUCAAUAUAUAUUUUUUAUUGGCACAACCUGCCAAAAAAAAAAUUUGUGCCUGGCGGACCACAUCAAAUUCAAUUUUUCACUGUAUUCCACCGGACGUCUCCUUAUGUCUGUCUUUGGCAAAUCCUUAUCUGCAGAGGGGAAGUGACAAAUAGGAGGUUUUCACUCUCCUGUGCCAAGUCUCCAAUCAUUCUUUCACAGAGAAACAUGAGGUUUUGCUAUGUUAUGCAAAUUAAGCAAAACCACCAUUGCGGCAAUUAUAGUGAUCUUAAGGCCUCUUGAUCUCAUCUUUUUCUAGGUUUCUGUUAGUAACUGUCUUGGGGCAAACCAAAGAAAAAAGUGUUUAUCACUUAUCGUAAUGAAAUUUGACAGGUUGGCAUGAAAAGAAUUUUUUCCAUCUGAAUGAUUAAGCAUACUUCAACUGACUUAGGUUGACUUGAGCUUAGUCUGCUUAACGCCUACUUAGUGUCUAGUGGGAACUCAAGUAUUGUUUUCUUUAAAUGGAAAAGACUAGUGGUGUAUCCCAUUUACUACCCAGAUUUGAAAUUAAUGCAAGUUUAUUGAAAUCGUCUAUCUUUUGCUUCCUUUUCUAGAUGUUGACAAAUGCUUUCCAAGGCUUUGACACAAAUCGAAAUGGAUGGAUAACCAUCAACUAUGAGCAGUUUUUGUCUUUAGUGUUUAGUCUGAAAACUUAGUCAAGAACCAUA